GGAAAACACCACACGCGUGGAAAAACACGACGAAAUCUUAUGGAAUUUUGCAUGACCGCUAAACUGCUUCUCCAUCCUCCCCUGCACAUCUCAAACGCACCCACUCGUAUACGUACGGACAUCGCCUCAGUCUAUUGCUUCGUAUAGCUUCCAUCUCGGUUACCUCCCUCUUCUCAGCACGCCUGUCCUGACGCCUUCAACGGGCAUGAGCUGAUUUCUACAUGGAAUUGGUCCCGCGGUGCUGGCGUCCGUCAUGUUUACCGAACCUCAAAUCGCGCUCCCACUACUUCUGCGCUCGCGUCAAACCCGGACGAACUCUCUCAUCCAGCCACCGUCCUCUAUCCGGCGCCGCGGCUGAGUUCGAGAGACUUCGUCCAGAAACCCUCUCUCGGCCUGUGCUGCGGACAAAUGUUUCUCUACAGGCACUGAGCCGUGCCUCGUCGUCCCCGAACGCGCAGCCCGAACAGAGAAAUCACAAUCCUGCACGCCUUCCAGUAUCCUGUCCUGGGUGUGGCGCUCUCACCCAAGAUGUCGACGCUGGAGAGGCGGGGUUUUAUACAUUGUCAAGAAAAGCAGUGGUGAAAUACCUCGGAGACCUCGAGGCCUCGAGUCGGCUGCAGAAUGAAGGACACGCUGACGCAGACGGGGCACACGUCGGCGCCCCGAUCAGCUCACAAGAUGAUGAAAGUCACAGGAAUGAGCACGGUAUAGUCCAGCAUCAAGUCCAUGUAACACCUCCUGUCUGCGAUAGAUGUCAUUAUUUGAUCCAUGACUCGCGAGGUGCCCCCAUUGCCCAUCCCUCCAUUGAAGCCAUCGCGGACUCGAUCGCGGAAUCUCCCUUCGCCAGGAAUCAUGUCUACCACGUCCUUGAUGCUGCAGAUUUCCCCAUGUCUCUCAUCCCUUCCGUUUACAAGAACUUGGCUUUGGCGAAACCUCGAACUCAGAAUCGUAGGUCUCAGCAUUCGUUUUCAUCCCGGCCCUCUGUAUCCUUCAUCAUCACCCGGUCCGAUCUGCUAGCUCCAACCAAGGAGAUGGUGGACAGUAUGAUGCCCAAAUUCAUCGCCAUCCUGAGGACUGCCUUGGGUCGAAUGGGACAAAAGCUCAGGCUGGGCAAUGUGCAUCUGGUCUCGUCGAAACGAGGAUGGUGGACAAAGGACAUCAAAGAAAGUAUUUGGCAAAGGGGUGGCGGCAAUUGGCUCGUUGGGAAGUUCAAUGUGGGAAAGUCAAACCUCUUUGAGGUCCUUUUCCCCAAAGGCUCGUACAGCAGGGCGCCUGUGUAUACAGAAAUUCAGCGACAGCAGGAGAUCGAGUCUCCGCAUAAGUCAACCGAUACCGGCUUUUUCUCUGAGAAGAAACUGUUGCCUCCUCCUCAGCCGGAAGUUCCUUUUCCGGCGAUGCCUCUGGUGUCAAGUCUGCCGGGGACAACGGCAUCCCCAAUCCGACUUCCCUUCGGCAACCACAAGGGAGAGCUGAUUGACAUGCCGGGUCUGGAACGCGGGGGCCUUGAGCAAUAUGUCAAACCCGAGGACAAGGCUGACCUCGUCAUGACACAACGUCCAACCGUCGCUCAGCACAUUAUCAAGCCUGGUCAGUCUCUGCUCUUGGGAGGGGGACUAGUCCGUAUCACGCCGCUCCUCGAUGAAUCCGACCCGAGUACCACCGUGCUGGCGUAUCCCUUUGUUCCGCUCAAAACCCACGUCACGUCUACGGAGAAAGCAUGGGGCACGCAGAUGCAAGAGCGCGCAAGCGGUGUGGAAUCGAUCCUGGCAGAAGGGGCAGGGACUUGCAUGUCUUCUGCCGGUCGAUUCAAGUUGCAGACCGAUGUCACAAAGUCUAGAGCCGGCUCUAUGAUCAGAGCUGGGGUUAACAUUGAGAAAUUGCCAUUCCGCGUCUUCGCGACUGACAUUCUCAUCGAAGGAAUUGGAUGGGUGGAACUGGCCUGCCAGGCCAGGAAAAGCAAACGCGUACAUCAGUCUGAGUCGCCUGCUGAAGAUUCUACCGGAUCAGACAUCGGAAGGUCGGGCGUGCCCACGGCUGAAGGUCUGUCCAUUGGCAGAAGCACGUUUACCCCCUUCACCUCUGUUCGGACCGGUGAAGACUCGGAGCCGUCUCUCAACUUUCCUGAAGUCGAGGUCUUCACGCCAAACGGCAAAUUCAUCGGACAAAGAAACUGCCUCGGUGUGUGGCAAAUGUGGAAUACAGGAAAGCCUCAGACGAACAGAGCUGCGCGCCCUCGUAAGCCGAUGAGCGGCGCAAAGAAACGAGAGAAGAUGCACCGCAGGGCUGCCCUGGCUGGAAUCUAAAGCACUGGGUCUAUACCGACGCAGAGCUCAACGGAUGUCUGCCCCAUUAAUUCUCGCUGGUGGCGGCAAAUGGUCAGAGUUGUUUACUUGAAUUCGACGGAGAUGUGGAAAAGAGCAUGUCAUUCUAUCCAUAUCUGGAUUGCAAUCUGCUAUGUCAUGUCCCGCGACCAGCGUCGUUUCUCAAUGCGGUUGAUUAGAGAAUCACAAUCACGAGGAGUGCCCGUCCUUUGUACUUCCUUGCCCUUCUCUAAUCCGUCAAGACGACAAUCUUGCCGCGGGCAAGGUUCUUCUCCAUGGUAUCGUGAGCCUCGACAAUCUGGUCCAACUUGAACACUCUCCCAAUCUGGAUAGGCAAGGUGCCUCUCUCGAUCUGCUUGAGCAAGUCGUUUAGGGGGGUCUCUUUGAAUUCGUCUGGACCACCAGAGUAAACAGUCAAACAGACAGUAUGGGGGAUGAGCUCCAUUGGAGACAGGCUUUCCAUUGUCCAACUAUUCCCUGAGAGAUUAUCAUCAGCACGACUCAAAACGAAAUACAAAGCAGUCGAGUACUUGCCAACGAUGCCGGCCAUGCAGACGAUUCCACCUCCGACGGCACACCGCAAGGAGUCUCUUAGAGUAGUUGUCCCUACCAACUCCAAGACUUUGUCGAAUUUGUUGUUUUUGACCUGCUCGGCGACGUGCCCGUCGUCGAUGAAGACCUGAUCGAUUCCACUCUUGUGCAUCAAUUCGGCCGUGGCCUUUCCAGCAUUUCUCGUUGUGCCCGCAACAAAGCAACCAUGGUUCUUCGCAAUGGCGGCCGCGGCCAACCCAAUCGAGGUCGUCCCACCUCGAAUGAGCAGACGGUCCUCGCUCCUGAGUUUGAGGGCUUUGAAGAGACACCCAUAACUCGUCUGCAACAUCUCUGGCACGGCGCCCACAAUGGCCCAGUCCAGGUCCGUGUCUAGCGCCUGCGUGUUGUCCGCCUUGACGCAGGUGUACUCGGCGUAUCCGCCGUCGAAAUCGCGGCCCAUGCCCCCCAUCGCGGAGGCGACCUUUUGGCCGACCUUGAAUUUGCCGCCGGGGCACUUUUCGACGACGCCGGCAGCCUCGAUCCCCAACACGCGAGGGAACUUCACGCCGGGACUGUACCCCUGGCGAGUGAAGAGCUCGGAGCGAUUGAGCCCAAAGGCUUUGAUGUGGAUGAGGACCUCGUCCUCCUUGGGCGUGGGGAUCGAGAGCUGUUCGAUCUUGAGGACUUCGGGCCCGCCGGCCUCGUGAAUCACCACGGCCUUCAUCGUCGUCGCCAUGUUAUGUACUGUUUUCUUUUCUUUGGAUGCAAUGGAGGAGACCUCGACGUGGACCUGGCGGUGAUUUCGCGUCAAAAUGGCCCAAAUGGCGCUCCGUGUCUGAAAACCGAACGGGCAGGAACUCUGGGGAGGCAGUUAUAUACACAACCACCUUGUACAACAAACUGGAACCCUCGCAGCCAGGCUCUUCUCAACUCUAAUUUGUACUUAUGGCGAGAACCAACGGGACUCCUUGUCCAGGUCGAGAAUUCUCUUUGCACUCUGAAGCCGUCCGUUUGCCCUUUCCGGCCACCUCUCGGGACAUCCAGCUAUCAAAACCGUGUCGACUAGGCACCUGGGCACGGCAGAAGAGGUUUCUUGAUACCUCCCACCCUGCGACGAGAAAAUCACACCAUACCGGAAAAGGCCGGAUUGACGCGUAUAUCUGAUUAAUCCACGCCGCGGAAGGGAGCAGGAGGUUGACGACCUGCCCGUACCGCAAGUACGUCUUAUGAUUGUGUGCCGUCUUUCGCUGCGGGGGCCUUGCAUUAAGGACUAUGCACCGGGUUAAAAUGUGCGUGAAUUGCCUAAGCCACCCUGCACUUUUAGGACGUCCUGGUGGUGCUGGGGCUGGGGUUGAUAGGACUAACGAGGCUACUUGUUCGGGUUCGCUUUGGUGGACGAAUCAGGGCAAACAGAAUCUACAGCAAAAUUCGACCCAUGUCGUUCGAGACAUCAGAAAUAGCCACACAUGUCAUGUAAUCACCAAGACCUCGCCGCCGAAGAGCAAAAUGUGAGAAGCGAAUCUCGUCGCUGUACCAUUAGGAUUAGAGCAAUGGAGUACUCUCUACAGAUGUGUCCAACGAAGGCAGAUUCUUCGAUCUCUCUGGACCGUGAGAAGCCUCAUUGUACCCUAAACGCCAAAACAGCCUGAUUUCUACCCAAUGCAUCAUAACACAAAAAGGGUAUGUUUGCGAGCCCAAAGCCAAACAAGGUACGAACCCAACCGUCAUUUAUGUAGCAACACCGGGGAUUGGCAUGAGUGAACAAUCAGGAACCGGCAGUCAUGUUCUUGGGAGAUCCUAUCCGGUCCCAUGAGCUCUCCCUGACGAAGGAGAUCUCCCUUGUUGACCGUCACUGUCUCCGGAGCUGUCUUCCUCCGUUUCAUUGUCUGCAGCAUUGAAAGUAUCGGCAGACACGGGUUUCUGCUUGGUGAUCAUUUGGCUUUGCUGCCGUCUGUGGUUUGCUUCAAGGCGUUUCAGCUUCUCAUCUGCUUCGCGCAGUUUUGUCUCGAGUGUCUCGAGUUCGUAUCUUUGGGAGAGGACUGUGUCUUGUCUGCAUUUCAAGGCAUUGCUGUCAGUGACAUUUCGCUCGGCAAAAGGGGG